UUCGUAACCGACUAUACCAUUAUCGUAGCCUGGCGAGCUCCAGAAUGCAAAUAUUGGGUAUGCACAUUGUCAAACGCCAUCUGGUCUUGCGAUACGAGGUCGCAUUUUCUAUCCCUGCCUGUCAUUUCCGGGGAUAACAAGCAUGUUGCGAAACUUCUGCAGCCUGUAGAUAGACCAGAACCAUUCCAGGAAAGCAAUCCCCGACUCAGCUUGCGCACUAAAACUCAACUGCAACCGCAUAGAGCUUUGUCUUCAUGGCUCAGGCACAACCAGUCCAACCUGUUGUGGACGUCGUCACAAAUGCUACCGAUCAUGGACCUUGUCAUGUAGCACAAUCUAAAAAUGCUUCUGAAGAGGCCGAGAAAUUGCAGAAGAAGUAUGAGGAGGAACGAAAUAAACGACUCCGGUCCGACGGCCUCUCACAGUAUCUCAACCUGAGCUCUACAGAGAACCCAAAAAUACGCCGCUACCUCGACGAUCCUUGGGACGACGGAUCUAUCUCUUCAAUUCCUUUGCAAGAUGGUGCUCACACCAAAAUUCUUAUUGUGGGUGCCGGUUUCGGAGGACUUAUGUUUGCUGUUGAGCUCAUCCGAGCAGGAAUUCCACAUGGUGACAUUUUGAUGGUCGAUCAAGCCGCUGGGUUUGGUGGUGCAUGGUACUGGAACAGAUAUGCGGGCUUGAUGUGCGAUGUCGACAGUACUGUCUAUAUGCCUCUUUUGGAGGAGACAGGCUACAGAGCAAAACACAAAUAUGCAUAUGGUGAGGAGCUGCGCGAGCACGCCGAGAGGAUUGCUACCAAGUACAAAUUGAGAGAUCGUGCCAUGUUUCGAAGCGAAGUCCACAGUUCUCAGUGGGAUGACACUACGAAAAUGUGGAAGCUGAAGCUUACACAGCGCUCUCCCAAUUCGAACGACAUUUCCGCUGCCGUAAGCGCUGACUUCGUCAUAUUCGUGCCAGGGCUUUUCACGCGCCCAAAGGUCCCCAAUUUGUCGGGUCUAGAAACCUAUUCUGGCAAAAGCUUUCUCACCUCGCGUUGGGACUACGAAGUAACAGGCGGAAACCAAGAAAACCCUUCUCUCGAAAACUUACGAGACAAACGGGUCGGCAUCAUCGGUACUGGCGCCACAGCCUUACAAGCUGUUCCUCAUCUCGCAAAAUGGAGUAAGCAUCUGUAUGUCUUCCAACGCACGCCAUCUUCCGUGGAUGUUCGCCGCCAGAAGACCAUCACCGACGCGGAAUGGGCAAAUGUCACCAAGUCUGGACCUGGAUGGCAAGCAGUACGGAGCAGAAAUUUUACGUCCUUCACAGCUCGCGUUGAACCGUUGCCAGAAAUCGACAUGAUCUCCGACGGAUGGACUGAUUUCCCAUCGUACCACGUCCUUACUGGUGGUGGGAAGCCCGUGACGUCAGAAAUGGUAGCAGCACAUAUUGCCGACUCACACCGUUUGGAUCUUCCGCGCAUGGAGAGAAUUCGCGCGCGGGUCGAUCAAGAAGUCAAGGACCCAGCUGUUGCUGAAAAACUUAAACCCUGGUAUGCGGGAUGGUGCAAGCGGCCCGGCUUUCACGAUGACUAUCUUUCGACCUUCAACAAACCCAAUGUCGAGCUCAUCGACACAGCGGGACGAGGAGUGGAUGCUAUCACCACGACAGGUGUGCAAGCAAAUGGGCAAGUAUACGAUGUGGAUGUCCUCAUCUUCUCCACAGGCUUCGAAUCUGGCUUCCAUUUAGACCCUGGAUCUCGAUGCGGAAUCGAAGUCAUCGGGCGGGAAGGGCGACGAAUGGCGGAUAGAUGGGAGAAGGAGGGCACGGCAACACUACACGGUAUCAUGAGCCGUGGCUUCCCCAACUUAUUCUUCACUGGAACACCGCAAUCCGGAGUUUCGCCCAACUAUACCCCCUCGCUGGAGAUCUUUUCGCGGCAUACGGCCUACAUCAUUUCCGAGGUUGAAAAGAAGCGAGCAGUGCUCCCAGAAUUGAGAGUCGCGGCAGAGCCUCAUGCGGAUGCUGAGAAGGCUUGGGUGAUGGGCGUGCUUGCCGGGGCAUAUUCACUGGCUCCACUGGGUCAUUGUACACCGUCAUAUUUCAAUGCGGAGAGUGAUGUAACAAAGCUACCGAUGGAAGAACAAGUCAAAGGUGCUGUAACGGCAGCUUGGCCGGGAGGUAUAAAUGACUAUCUGGAUAUACUCCAAGCUUGGAGGGAAGCUGGUGAUCUUAGUGGACUAAGCAUCACACUGACAAGUAAAUGAGAUGGCGAUGGCAACAUGCCUUUACAUUCCUUGACGUCCUCAAUUCUAAUUAAAGUACGCAUGCAGAAUCUCCAAUCAGCCCGAUGAAGUUGUACGUACUCUUUCCUAUAAUAGAUACGAGCGGCUUCCAGCGAGAACAUUGCGUGAGUGCAUACUAUAAGCAUCUCUCGCAAGAUGAUCAUGCAGCCUUGUAUCGUAGACUUGCUCUGAUAUUCCGGCGAGUUUACUUGAACUACCGAUCCCUG